UUGCUGUAUGACCGCAGUGUGUUUCCUCUCCACGUGUCUCGCGGAAGCGCAGGUGGAAACGCAGAUGCUGUGGCGCCUGAAGGCAACUGCAGCGUGCGUGAUACAUUUAGCCAUUAAACCUUAGCAGCAGCACGUUUCUGGGCGUAGUGACAACAAUGCAUUUUCAGGCGACAUUGUGAUAGGUCGUAUCGGAGGGUGGGGAGACGCUGAGCACAUUGAGUACAUUUGACGGACUGUAUUCUGGGUGACCUGAUAUUCCUCUGGAUUCGGGUGGACAGCUAGAAUCACUAUGAAUGGGGCUAGAGGAUUCCUCCGACUGCGACGUUUUUAUUCCAGCGGUCUGAGAGUCACUUAUCACAGGACACUGGACAAAAUCGAGCUCAUGCUUCCGCCUAAACUCAGACCUCUGUACAACCAUCCAGCAGGACCAAAGACAGUUUUCUUCUGGGCCCCUGUCUUUAAAUGGGGUUUGGUUGUUGCUGGUUUUUCUGAUAUGACACGUCCACCAGAAAAGCUGAGUUUCUCCCAGUCGUGUGUCAUCACAGCCACAGGCUUCAUUUGGUCAAGGUACUGCUUGGUGAUCAUUCCCAAGAACUGGGCACUCUUUGCAGUAAACUUCUUCCUGGGCUUGUGUGGGAGCAUCCAACUUCUGAGAAUCUGGAGGUAUAAUCAGCAGUUAAAGCAGAAAGAUGAUCAAGUGCAACAGUCCUGAAGCUAAAAGGAAGAGAAUUUACUGGACAUCAGAAUGGAUUCAAUAAAACAGUGUGAAAAAAGCUAAAUGGAGAAAGAACUGUAACAAUAUAUAUAUAUUGUUUAAUGGUUUCUGUUUUACUGCAAAUGUUAAGAAUUUUAGAUAAUUAAUUGCCUUAAUGUAAAUUGUUUGAUGUAAUGCAUGAGUAUAAAGAACUGCACCAUUCAUUUACGUUCCAUGUAAUGACUGCUGAAAUCAGGCAGAUACAUGUUCUAAUAAACUGAAAUUUUUAUAAUCAA